GCGUGUAGAGACCGAAAAGAACCGAAGUCGGCCGACGGAAAGUGCCGAACGCGGUCGGCUGGCGGGCCGAGAGUACUGUGUUCGGUGUACACGAGCGAGAGCGAGUCCGGCGCUCGUAGUUGGAGUGUGAGUCUGGAGUAGUGAGUGAACGAGUCUGGACUAGCGGGCUACCCCGGUUCCGAGUCAGUCAGUGUGCCACCGGCAACCGUAGCCUCGGUGCGGAGAACGUGGAUACGCUUCGGCAAUUCUCUCUGUCCUCGCGUUUUUCUCUUUCUCGCCUCUUCUCUUGUCGCUCCCUCCGCGACAAAACACACUGGCGUCUACGUAACUAUACGUACACGCGCACGCGAGCCUACACGCUCACCAGUGAGAACCGAGUUUUGUUUUCGACAGUGUUUUUAACGUGCGACCGAUAUAUCCUCUGCUCUGGCUCGCUUUGAUCCAGGUAUCGAGCGCGACCGUGAUACGUUACCGACCGUUUACUUUCGAUCGCCGCCACCGCUGCCUGUCACUCUCCGUUUUCCUCGCGACAAGUGCAACGUACGUCGGUGUGCUCGAACAAGGAAAACGCGCGAGGAAUGAUCGAUCGCUCGAUGCCGCGACGAUCGAACCGAUACGUCGAGAGCGCGCGAAUCGCGUGAACGUAGCCGCUGAUAUCGAAAACUGUUUUGCCGCGAGAAUCCGCUCGUGCUUCGCGCUUGCCACACGGGACGAAGAGUUCUCUACCUCCCACGAAGAUAUUUUAUUUUCACCGAGAGUAAAUCGGAUUCGCUCGAUCAUAACUUUUGCGAGCAGAGACGCGACCGUACCGUUUCGGUCGGUGACAUUUUGAUCGUGCGUCGAUUGUUCGAUUCGAUCGCGGGAUAUCGUCGUCGUCGUCGUCGUCGAUUCGUCGGUGAAUUGUGUUCGAUCGCGGAAAAUAGUCUGUCGAGUGACGGUGCGACCUUUCGAACAGUCGAACAUCGAGAAUCGUUCGAAGCGGCCGAGAGUGUAAUGUUACAUUGUUCCGAGCGAGUGUCGAGUACGAAUCGUUGAGGAAUCAAGAUGGCAACUAUGCUGCCGUGGUAGCCGAGGAUCCGUUGGAGGACAAACCGGUGGCAGCAACGGAAACGAGCUGGCAAAGAUAGAAACGAUGCUCGAGGAUCAACCGUUGGACUUGAGCGUUAGGGUGGGCGACUACGCCGAGUUCGCCAGGGACGAGAACGAUCAGGAUCAAGAUCGCAAGGAACCGAUCGACGACUACGGUAACGCCGCGGCCGCGCUCAGGUUACGAGGAUGCUUCGUCGGCGCUACGUCCACCGAAUAUUCCCAGGAAAGGGAAGAUCGUACCUGUUCCGAGGACUCGGACGACUCGUGUUCCGACAACAAUCAGAAAGACGGCACCACGAGGUCGAGAUCCAGACCACCCGGCACCAAACCUUACAAGAAGAAUCUUAUGAGACGAUACCUGGACACCAGGGAGGUCCAGCCGCACGAUGUCAGCGAAAAGGAGCAACUAGGACUUGCGAGCGUUAAAGCGGAACCAGGAUCGACCGGUACGACGACGACAACCACGGGGACUCGUCUUUUACACGGUAUCCUCUCCCAGCACCCCCAGCAACAUGGUUUAGGGGUGCAAAACGGAUAUGGCCGUCAUUUAACUGGCCAUGCUCAAAUGGGCCAACCGCCCUACACCACUGCCACGAUCGCCACCACCAGCACACCAGCAGGAAGCGGAUCACUGCCAGCGAGUCCUGCAGAUAGCGGAGUCAGCGACGUCGAAUCCAGCACGUCCUCGGGUGGUAACGAGGAUGCGAAUCUCUUACUGAAAGCCAGGCUCAACCCUAACUCGUCCCUUCAACCGAGCUUGGCGUCCCAUCAUUCUCAUCUGUCGUCAGCAGCGCUCGGCAGGUCAGCCUGUCACAGUCCUGGCGUUUACCCCUCGACGGCGGGUUUCCUACCACCAUCGUACCACCCUCAUCAGCAUCAUCCAUCCCAGUACCAUCCGCACAGAGGGAGUUCACCACACCAUCAACACGGGAACCACACCAUGGGCCCGACAAUGGGACCGCCACACCAUCAUCAUCACCAUCAAACGCAGAGUCUACAACACUUGCAUUACCGUCAACCUCCUACAUUGUCCGAAAGCUAUAGCAGUUACGUGAAUUCGAUGUACGCCACUGGGAGCCAGUUCGCGGCUCCGUGCACUCCGAGUCCGCCCCGAGGGCCCGGUGGAGUUCCAACGAGCGUGAUCCAAGCAGCUACCAGCUCGGUAUCCGACGAUCUGUACCUCCUAGAGUUAGGCUUUCCUCCGCGAUCGAAAAAGAACAAACUGAAGAAACCCCGACAAGGCGAGGGCGCCGCGGUGAAGAGGAAAUCCCGCGAGGGUUCGACGACGUACCUUUGGGAGUUUCUGUUGAAACUGCUCCAGGACCGAGAGUACUGUCCUCGAUACAUCAAGUGGACGAACCGCGAACGAGGCGUAUUCAAACUGGUCGACAGCAAAGCGGUAUCUCGUCUGUGGGGUCUGCACAAGAACAAACCGGACAUGAACUAUGAAACGAUGGGCCGAGCCCUUCGUUAUUAUUACCAGCGCGGUAUCCUGGCGAAGGUCGACGGACAGAGGCUGGUCUAUCAGUUUGUCGACGUGCCGAAAGAUAUUAUAGAAAUCGACUGUACCGGCGCGUGAGACAGGGCUCGACCUUCGAGGGAACGACACGAGAGAAGGCGAGCUGUACGGGAAAAGAAUGAUUCGCGUGUUCGUGCUGCAAUCAUACCAAGCAACUCUUCCUGCCACUACGUGUCGAUUUGGCACACCCCUCAGACGAUCUAAAGCAUAUGCCCUCUCUCUGACUUCGUUUGUUCCUUGUAUUAUCGUAUACGCACUGGUCCCUCGAUCGCGUUCAAAACGUACAUUUUGCGGGGUUCGUGUAUAAUAUCGUAUAGGUAUGUACGGGUAGCUAUAAAUAUUUCUAAACGUUUCAAACUUUACACGUUCCGAGUUUGAAACAUUCCAAGUUUGGAACGUUCCUGAUUUGGAAGCGUUUACAGUCUCGAACGUUUUGAGGUUGAGGCGUUCCAAAUUCGAAGCGUUUCGUUCUUGACCGAAUAACGCGGAAACUGCAGGAAUCGAAGGACCAUUGUAUAUCUACGGGAAUAUGUAUAUUAACGAAUAUAAAAGGAAACAAAACGCACGAACGCUGCCGCGAGAGGAUGAAUGUUUUGGUUUUGUCGAUGCGACAGCUACCACGGUAUAAUAAUUCGUUCACCGUAAUUUCGUCCUUCUUUGGUCUUUCUUUUUUUGUUACUUUUUUGACGGUGUACGUCCGAUAGUAAUCGUACUAAGCUUUACAACGUUUAAUAUAUAUAUAUAUAUUAUAUAUAUAUGUAUUAACAUACGAAGAAGGAAAGAUAUAAAUAAAUGAAUAUAUAUAUAUAUGCGUUGAGCUCGUUCAAAUUUGUACAAAAUUUAGUUCUUAAAGAUAAACGAUGCUACGGCACAAGUGUUAUUAAAUGUAUUUUAAAUCGAGCGGAAAUGAUAAAGGAAAAGAUGAAUCUAGUAUGGACAAAUUACUUAACCUAUAGUCGGAAUAUAGGCGAACAAUUGUACAUUGAACAGCGCGAUAAAUUAUUUAUUGUAUAUUAGAUGAUUAUAUAUGUUACCUAGAACAAAAAAAGAAAUUGUUAUAUAUGUGUCGACGAAGAGAUGUACGGACAAGAACAGUGGAUGUGUAGAACUUUACACAUUUGCGAACGUGGAAAGUUUAGGAAAAAAAAAACGAAACGAAAUGAGGGCUGUGAAAAGAUUCAGAAAGGAGGAAAUAUGAUAGAGCGGAAACGACAAAGAUGUUUUAAACAAAAAAUGUUUUAUGGAGCGAGCUCAGGGAGAGGUACAACAUAUUUAUACAGACAUGCACAUACAUGUUACACUCACGAACACACAUUGACACACGAUACACGUUAUAUUUUUUUAAAUGUAAGCAAUGAAAAAAGGGCGACUCUUCUAUUUGAGCUGAGGGUUCAACAACGUAAGGUGCUGGCUAUACACAAGAGGUCCAAGAAUGUUAUUUAGCAAGCUAGUGUUACUAAUUCAUUAAAAGAAAAAAAAAAGAUUAUUGAGAAGCAGACAUUAUAUCUCUGUAUAUAUAAAAAUACACCUUUAGUAUAUAUAUAUUAUUGAAUAUUAUAUAUAUAUUAUAUGAAUAUAUAUUGUAUGUUAUGUAGUAAAUGGAGCGAGUUAAAUGUGUCUCUAUGAGAUUUUUCCGUCACGUCGGCGUAUCAAGGAAGUUGUACAACCGUCUUCGUACGAUGUCUCUAUUCGAGUCCUUUCUUUUUGUAAAAAUGAACGUACGUUCCCGUUUUUUAUUGUAGUUAUACGCGACGGGAUUAAACAACGAGAAAAAGUUUCGACUGUUUCUCUCGAUCACGCGUCCCGAUACAAAACGCACACUCUAGCGUGGUCUUUCGUGCUCAUCCGAAUUUGGGACAUCGUACUUUUUAAACGUUAGGAUAUAUUAGCCUUCCUGGCACACGGGGCGUUCGAACACGAUAAGUUAGAGUGAAAUUUAAUUUAUUGAACUGCCCCCAACCUCUCAAACUCCCCCCGUUUCCCCAAAGGACGUGACGUGCGAGUGCAAGCGUAUCCUAUAUAGUAAUAAGUUUUUGUACAUAGAAAUUCGUUGAAAGCAUAUUUAGGAAGAACAUAUUACGCUGGUUAUCGUUGGGGAAGAAAAGAGAAAGCAAAAGAGAAACAAAGAAUAAGGGGAGCCAGCGGCACCUCUGAGGUGCCGGGGUGCUCUUGGUUAGACACGUGGUUCUUCUUCACGACGAUCACCUCCAAACACCUCGACGAAGAAAGAAAAUACAAUAAAUAAUAGAUAAAAAACGAUCAAGUGCUGCCAAUAAUGCCUGUAAACGGUCCCUUGCAUUUGUUUUUGCCACUGAAAGAAAGGAAAAUAAUACAAAGAGUAUAAAAGAAAUGUCUGAUAAAACGUAUAAAGAAAUGUCUUGGGACGCCAGACAUACCGAUGAUACAAAGCGAAUUGCCUUCUCUCGUAAUUAACAAAGACGUGUUGCCUUCUAACAAAGAAAACAUAUAAGAACUUCUAGCAAUUUGUAUUGUAAUACCAUCGAUUUUGUCCAGGUACUUAAAAAAAAAAAGAGACCAUUAAUAACCCUGUAUCUCCCAUCGCCCUCUCACUGUCCCCCCAACUGUCCCUCCACCCAUUUUAUCGACAUAGAAUUUUGUAACUUUUGUCAAGAGAAAACAUAUAUAUAUAUAUAUACAUAUACAUAUAAUGAAAAAAGAGUAAAAAAAAAGUUGAGAAACAUUUUUGGUACACGAAGACUUUUUUCAUAUCGCACUUUGCAUACACGUAUCGGAUAAAGAAAGAAAAAUUACGUUUAGAAAAAUAUUGAUAAGAGAAAGGACGAAAAGUAAUACAUCAGAGUACAAUGGACAAAAAAGAAAGCAAGUACCUAUAUAAAAUAGUACCACUUCUAUACGUAACAACCACUUAUAAACAAUGAAUGGACACUGCAACAAUAAAUCCUAUUUUUAGGUGAAUUAAAUUUACAUAUACAUAACAAUUGACUACGCUACAAGAUAUUUUAACAGAUAAGACUUUACUGUAAUAGAGAUAAAUCUAUAAUUAUUUACCUGUAAAAUAAUACGAAGACACGAUGGAUUGACGUAAGGAACUCUAAUGUAACGUUCUGUGAUUCGUUGUUUGUAGGUGAAAUUUAAUAAAAGAUUACUGUAUCAUAA